UGGCUUUCAUAGUUUCGCUUCCUGUACAAUUUUUGAAGAUUGCAACAACAACAACAAAAUAGCCUGUUUACUCUAAAUUUAUAAGACUGAUGCAUGUUGGGCAAAUAAUGUCAUAUCGUAAAAUGCAACUCAGACACAUACCAUAAAUAAAAGAAAAUACAACAUUCGUUUUAAAAUUUUCACAAGCAAUCAUGUCUUGGUUUUUCGUUUGUAAACUUGUCUGAACUUAUCAAAACAACAACAACAAAUUUUGUUUUAAAAUAGUGUCAUUAGAUCAGAUCGUAUUACAAAAUGGAAAACGAUACAACGGUGUCUGCUGCCUACAUUUUUAGGGGCAUAGAGUAUAUAGUGACAAUGACUGUUAAGGAUGACAGUCUCCUGGUUGUUGAAGUUGAAGAUAAAUUGACUGCAGACCAAUGGAGAGCAGAUUUUGAUUCAGCAUAUAUUGAAGACUUAACUCAUAAGACAGGAAAUUUUAAGCAGUUCAGUAUAUUUGUUAGUAUGCUUGAAUCAGGAAUUAUACAGGCCAGUGAGAGUGUUUCAUUAGAUUUACUAACAUAUGCUGACUUAGAAUCAUUAAGACAGAGGAAAUCAGGAAGUGCUGGCAAAUCAACAUCAGUUCCUCAAAGGACUGUCUCCCUAAAUUCUAAGAGAUACCUCAUUCUUACAUAUACAGUGGAAUUUGAUAGAAUACACUACCCUCUACCUCUACCAUAUGUUGGUAAACCAGACCCAAGACAGCUGCAGGAGCAGGUUAGAAACCUUAGAGCUGAAGUGAAGUCAUUGAAACAACAGGGGCCAACAGAAACCAAAGUUAAAGAUGUUGAAAAGUUACGGAGAGAAAUGGAAGCCUUACAAAAAGAAAAGGAAGAUAUUGAGACAGAAUUUUUACAGUUCAGACGUGAAAUGAAAAAUACAACACAGGGAAAUGCUUUAAAAGAAUUAAAAAUGUUUAAAACUAUGACACGACAGCUAGAAGAAGAAUUAAUGAAAGAGAAAACCAAGCAUCAGAGGCAAGUCAGCAAACACAGCCAACAGUAUAGAGAUAUUCUAGAAGAGCUUGAAGAAAUAAGAGCAUCAGAGAGAAAUCUUAAAAUAAGAGUUAAAAGUUUAACAAAUGAGUUAGCUUUGUAUAAAAGGGAUAAAGUUCACUCAUCAAGAAAACCAAGGCCAUACAGUCGAGAGAGGACCAGUUCAUAUGAUAGACUAUCAUCUAGGGAUGGGUCAUUAUCUCGAGACAGGGAGAGGUCAUUAUCACGUGACCGGUCGUGGUCAGAUAGACUGUCGUCUGCUCGAGACAGAUCUAAAGACAGGUCACGCGAUGGGUCACUGGAGCGCCCCUCGUCAACGAACAGAAGUAGGUUAAGUGACAGGAAUAAUAAUUAUAAAAAUAGUUAUUCACACAGAAGUCGGACUCCAUCUCCUGCCCCCGCUGGUCCUAGAAGUUCAAGGUUUGAUCCUUCGGCAUAUGUAAAAGAAAAAGAACGCAAAAAGAAAGAGGCACUUUCAAAAAAAAAAAGACAGCAGAGAGCAAAUGUAUCAGGAACCUCAGUUUUAUCAAAUAAACCAUCACCGGGGACCAGACUGGUUCACAGUAGAUUAUCAGCAAACAGUAGAAAUCGUUCAAGAAAUACUUCAUAUGGAAGUCAAGGUGAGAUCAGCGAUGGUGGAAUGUCAGAUUCUUCAUAUGCAAGUCUCAGGAACUACAACAGAAGUAGGUCAAGUAGACCAAGGUCACGGUCACGUCAAAAUGAAAGAAGUGCCUUGUCGUCUGCAUAUUUAUCUAGUCCAGAGGUGGUAAGUUGUCCAUAUAGCGUUCCUAUAUGCUUAUCAGGGCUUCCAUUUAGUUCCAAAAUUCAAAAUUUGGAAGUCAGAGACUGCAAAAUCUCUGACAAAACAUUACAUACAUUGGCCAGUACACCAGAUUCUGAACGUGGAAGAACAAGAUCUGUUAGAAACAAAGAAAAUAUACCAGAUAGCAAUGGUUAUGACAGCGAUUAUUUUGAUAGAUCUGCAGAGAUUUCAGAAAUUGAUGAGAGAUUGAACAGAUUACAACAGCUAAUGAAAACCAGUAUGACCUGAGUCAAAAUCUGUGAUAGAUAAAAAUAUACAUAUUUAUUUAGUGAUACUAGAAUGGGGCACAGUUUUCAUCUCAUAGUGAUUCUAGAAAAUUUGAGCCGUGUCACGACAAAAUCAACAUAGUGGGUUUGCGGUGAGCAUGGAUCUAGACCAGCCUGCCCAUCCGCGCAGUCUGAUCAGGAUCCAUACUGUUUGCUAUCAGUUUCUCUACAUGUAAUAGGGUUUGUAAGCGAACAGCAUGGAUCCUGAUCAGACUGUACGGAUGCACAGGCUGGUCUGGAUCCAUGCUGGUCGCAAACGCACUAUGUUGGUUUUGUCGUGACGCGGCUCAAAUGAUGCCUGGUGUGGAACCAUGGAUGUUCCAAGUUAUAUUGAAAGGGAAAAUGUUCAUAAAUCAGUAUACACAUUUAUUUAAAUUUUCAGAUUUCUGCUGAAAAAAUGAAAUAAGCAAAUUUAUUUUGUGUACCAAUCAUUCAUAAGGGUAUUCCUCCAAAUGUGCUGAAAUAUUAAAUAACAAAGUGUAAAAUGUUUCAAAAUCAACUUAAUGCUUGUGCUGAGAAAAAAAAAUCUGUCAUGCAAUGUGUUUGAAUCAUGUAGUUUAAAGUUCACAUAUUGGAGGAUAUUUUGUAUUUGAAAUAUUCAGAUAUUUGUCAAAGGAUGCAGUGUGAAUCAUUUACGUGUUUCUUGAUAGUAAAAUUUGAUUAUUUCAGAAAAAUUGUCAUUUAGUAAUUCAGUUUUUGUCUGUGAAUUCUCAAAGAAAAUAGUAUAGUGUGACUUUUCCAUUAUACUGUACUGUAAGGUAGUAAACAGCAGUUAUUUAACUUAUUUAUAAAUCCCUGAAACUUCUAAUUGAUAGUUUUAAAUUCAAAUCAAGCAUUUAAAUAAUAUAGAAUUUUGCAGGGUAAAGGUAAAAAAUAAGUAGAUACAAUAGUUUUAUGUAGAGGUAACCAUUAAGAAAGUAAGUGAUUCUGUACAUUACAAUGAUAACGUUUUCCUACUUUUAUUACAAAUUAUUUUACAUUUGAUUCUACUUUCCGUAUGUGAUGCAUCUAACAUGCUCUAAAUCCAUUAUCUUAUUAAACAUUUUUCUAAAUUAAUGUGCAUGUAAACAAAGAACGCUGUGGAAAUCGAGGUACUGCAUACUAAUUAGCUGCUGAUGUAGGUCCUACUUUGUUGAUACUAUAUAAACUUCAAUUUGCCAUUUCUUUUAAGGAAAACUUUUAUACAUUCUUGAGGCUUUAUGUGGUUUUAAACUGACCAGGAAAACUAUUACAUGAGGAAAAUAAAUAUGGAGAAUAUUAAGUAGCAACUUUGUGUCACUUUUGUUUAGAAUAUAUGAUACUUAUGUCUGACCUCUUUUAUUAAUCUGUAUCAGUUAGUAAUGAAAUAAGUUGAAGCAUGAAAUGAAAUUUAUUGUUGGGAACUAGGUUUAGUUAGAUGUUUAAAUAAUAUCUAGUAAAAAAUUUGUAAUGUAUAAAGUCGGCAAGAAUUUAUAGUUUUAUAUUGUUAUAUAUACAUGUACCUAGGCAUAUGUUAGUUGAAAACUCAUCAUAAAUCAUUCUGAAACUAUUUAUCACAGUUGAUAGUGGCUCAGAUGAAUACAAAUUUUUUUUAUAUUUUUUUUACAAAUAAGUAUGUUUAUCCUAUUUUCAUACUCCAUAACAAAAAAAAUUAACCGAAUAUUGAUUUUCGGCACUACUGAUAAUUCUGUUUAAAUUGUACAACUUUGGGCAUCAAUUAAAACCAAACUGUUAUCAUAAUUGCUUCAGAUAUAUUCAUAAUUAUUACGAAAAAGAUGAAAAGUAGACUUGGUGAAAGUACGUACAUAUACAUGUAGUAUAUAUAUGUUUAGAUUUAACUCAUUUUUUUGCCUCUGAUACUGAUAAAAUUAUUAAUAAUUAAUUAAUUAUUUAACCUAUGAUGCAAUGAAUAAAACAAUUAAGAAAUGUGCAAGGUGUGGCAUUUUACAAAAAAAGAAAAAAUAGCUCUGCUGUUUUGAAUAUGAAUUAUGUUUUUAUUGUACUUGUGUUUUAUUUCUUCUUUAAAGCAUGUUCUUUUAGUUUACACAGAUUGUUUCCUAUGUACAGUUACAAAGUCUUUUAUUUAUGAAAUAUUAAAUUUGUAGAAUGAG